AUGCGGAUAAAUGAGUUCACCGCCGUCUCCACCAAGCGGGUGACACUCGUACCAUAUUCGGCACACCAUGUGCCAAAGUAUCAUGAAUGGAUGAAAGACCCAGAUAUCCAGGCAGCCACAGCCUCAGAACCAUUGACCCUCGACGAAGAAUAUGGCAUGCAGCGCAGCUGGCGCGAGGACGGCGACAAGUUGACCUUUAUCAUCUGUCGGCCAGUCCCUGAAAACAACAGUUCCGUGGGGACUACCCGUGACGGACAACAGCUUGACCUCACAUCCAUGAUCGGUGAUGUCAACCUCUUCAUCUCACUCGUCGAGGAUGACGCGGAUGAUGAUCAGCAUCAGUUGUUACUCGUCGGUGAACUUGAACUCAUGAUCGCAGAGAAGACAGAGCAAGGAAAGGGGCUUGGUAGAGCCGCAUUGCUCGCAUUUCUGAGGUAUAUCAUGCUUCAUGAGCGGUUGAUCCUGACAGAGUUUCAAGCUGGCCAGCAGGCCAUCAAGGAUCACAGCGAGUCAACCUCGACAUUGCAGAAUCACGGUGCAACUAGUCCUACUCGCUUCGAUCAUUUCGCCGUCAAGAUCGGCCAGACCAACCAUCGCAGCAUGGCAUUGUUUGAAAGUUUGGGGUUCCGCAAAACUAGUGACACGCCGUCGUACUUUGGCGAGUACGAGUUGCGCCUGGGACGCGCCGAGGCGCAGCGGAAUGUUGUUUCAGACCCAGAUUCGAGAACCAGUGCGCUUCUAGAUGGAUAUGCGGAAGUCAAGUACUUGUGUCCAUAA